AUGGGCUUCGGUGCAGGUGACGGGCUGAAGGCAAGAUGCCCGGAGUGUGGAGAUGGAAAAAAAUGGGGAGAAAUAGAACCAAGUCCCCGACUGAGACGGCUGGAUAAGCUUGGAGGCUGCUGGGGAUACUUCUCCCAGCAGUCCUUGGGGGCUUGGAUUCACAGUACAGAGCUUCUUGGUGACAGAGGGGACAAUACUGGUAUCUGUGCUCUCCUAUCCCUGGACAGGCACUGGUGUGAGCAGAUAGAGACUGUCCAUGUGGAAGAGGAAGUCAGUCCUCGUCAGGAGGACCUGGUACCCUGCACCAGCUUGUACCAUUAUGGCCGCCUAGGCUGGCAGCUGGACCUGUCCUGGGGUGGCCGUGUGGGGCUCCCCAGGCCCCCAGCACCCGGGCUCUGUGCAAUCUACAAACCCCCGGAAACCCGGCCUGCUGCUCGGAACCGGACAGUGAGGGCUUGUUGUCCAGGAUGGGGGGGUACUCACUGUACCGACGCCCUUGCUGAAGCCAGCCCUAAAGGUCAUUGCUUUGUCACAUGGCAUUGCCAGCCUCUAGCAGGCUCAGCUAACUCUUCAGCAGGAAGCCUGGAGGAAUGCUGUGCCCAGCCCUGGGGACACAGCUGGUGGAACAUCAGCUCCCAGAUGUGCCUCAGCUGUCCUGGUCAGCACCGCCCAGGCAAUGCUGCCUCUGAAGGCCUCCUGCAGCCUCUGGCAGGGGCUGUAGGCCAGCUCUGGAGCCAGCGCCAGCGUCUCUCAGCCACCUGUGCCACCUGGUCUGGCUUCCACUACCAAACCUUUGACGGACGUCACUACCACUUCCUGGGCCAGUGUACCUACUUGCUAGCUGGUGCUGUGGAUUCCACCUGGGCUGUCCACCUCAGGCCCAGUGUCCCCUGUCCCCAGCCUAGGCACUGCUGGCUGGUUCAAGUGAUGAUGGGCCCCGAGGAGGUAUUGAUCCAAGAUGGAGAGGUCUCCGUGAAGGGCCAGCCAGUGCCUGCUGGGGAGCCUCGGCUGCUCCAUGGGAUGAGCCUGCAGUGGCAGGGAGAUUGGCUCAUGCUCUCUGGGGGCCUGGGAGUGGUUGUGAGACUGGACAGGUCCAGUUCCAUCUCCGUCUCCGUGGACCAUGAGUUCUGGGGACGGACACGGGGCCUUUGUGGGCUUUACAAUGGCAGACCAGAGGAUGAUUUUGUGGAGCCGGGAGGGGCAUUGGCUGCGCUAGCUGCUACCUUUGGGAAUUCAUGGAAGCUCCCUGGCUCUGAGCCUGGGUGUGUGGAUGCAGUGGAAGUGGCCCGGGGCUGUGAGGGCCUCCUAGAAGGUACAUUAACUGCCUUGGAAGCCGGCAAGCUUCGAGCUCAAGCCCAGGACGUGUGCCACCAAAUGCUGGAGGAUCCAUUCUGGCAGUGCCAUGGACGGGUUCCCCCGCAUGAGUACCAUGAGACCUGCCUCUUUGCCUACUGUGUUGGAGCCACGGCAGGCGGUGUCCCAGAGGGGCAACCGGAGGCCGUGUGUGCCACCUUUGCCAACUAUGCCCAGGCCUGUGCCAGGCAGCACAUCUAUGUGCACUGGAGGAAGCCUGGCUUCUGUGAACGUUUGUGUCCAGGGGGGCAGCUCUACUCUGACUGUGUCUCAUCCUGUCCACCCAGCUGUUCAGCAGUAGCCCAGGGCGAGGAGGGCUCUUGUGGGACAGAGUGUGUGAGUGGCUGUGAGUGUCCGGCUGGCCUCUUCUGGGACGGUGCUCGCUGUGUGCCUGCUGCCCAUUGCCCCUGCUACCACCGGCGCCAGCGCUUCGCCCCUGGUGACACUGUGAACCAGCAGUGCAACCCUUGUGUGUGCCAGGAUGGCCGCUGGCACUGUGCCCAGGCCCUGUGCCCUGCUGAGUGUGCAGUGGGUGGUGACGGGCAUUACUUCACCUUUGAUGGGCGGAGCUUCUCCUUCAGGGGCAAUCCCGGCUGCCACUACAGCCUGGUGCAGGACUCUGUGAAAGGCCAGCUGCUGGUUGUGUUGGAGCAUGGGGCCUGUGACACUGGGAGCUGCCUCCACGCCCUCUCUGUCUUCCUGGGGAGCACCCACAUUCAGCUCAGAGACUCAGGAGCCGUGUUGGUUGACGGGGAAGAUGUAGACCUGCCCUGGAUUGGUGCUGAGGGCGUCAACGUUUCCCGUGCCUCGUCUACGUUCUUGCUAUUGCGCUGGCCUGGGGCCUGGGUUCUCUGGGGAGUGGCUGACCCUGCAGCAUACAUCACUCUGGACCCCCGUCAUGCCUACCAGGUGCAAGGUCUGUGUGGCACCUUUACCUGGAAGCAGCAGGAUGACUUUCUGACACCGGCUGGAGACAUGGAGACUAGUGUCCCUGCCUUUGCUAGCAAGUUCCAAGUGUCAGAGGGUGGAAGGUGCCCCUCGGUGGGCCACAGCCCACUCAUCUCCUGCAGUACUUACUCUCAACGCCUCACGUUUGCAGAGGCAGCCUGUGCCAUCCUGCAUGGACACGCCUUUCAGGAGUGUCAUGGGCUGAUAGACAGGGAGCCAUUUCGAUUGCGGUGCUUGGAGGCCGUGUGUGGCUGUGCCCCUGGCAGGGACUGCCUGUGCCCUGUGCUCUCUGCAUAUGCCCGCCGCUGUGCCCAGGAUGGCGUCCUGCUGCAAUGGAGGAAUGAGACCCUGUGUCCUGUCCUGUGUCCUGGUGGCCAGGUGUACCAGGAGUGUGCCCCAGUGUGUGGUCACCAUUGUGGGGAGCCAGAGGAGUGUAAAGAGCUUGACAGCUGUGUGGCUGGUUGUAAUUGUCCCCCGGGACUACUGUGGGACCUUGAGGGCCAGUGUGUGCCUCCCGGCAUGUGCCACUGUCAACUCGGAGGCCAAAGUUACGCCUUUAACACCACCGUUACUGUGAAAGACUGCAGCUACUGCAUCUGCCAGGAGAGGGGCCUCUGGAGCUGCACAGCCCACCACUGCCCCCAACAGCGGGCACUCUGCCCCUGGGAGCUCAUCUAUGUCCCUGGUGCCUGCCUUCUCACCUGUGACAGCCCCAGUGCCAACCAUUCCUGUCUGGCUGGGAGCACUGAUGGCUGUGUCUGUCCGCCUGGCACUGUCUUACUGGACAAGCACUGCGUGUCUCCUGAUCUUUGUCCCUGUCGUCACAAUGGGCAAUGGUACCCACCCAAUGCCACCAUCCAGGAAGACUGCAACAUUUGUGUGUGCCAGGGCCAGCGCUGGCACUGCACAGGUCAGCGGUGCAGUGGAUGGUGCCAGGCAUCUGGUGCCCCCCACUAUGUGACAUUCGACGGGCUGGUCUUUACCUUUCUUGGGGCCUGCGAGUACCUGCUGGUGAGAGAGGCUGGUGGCCGCUUCAGUGUCUCCAUCCAGAACUUGCCAUGUGGGGCUAGUGGCCUCACGUGUACCAAGGCAUUGGCUGUGCGUCUGGACAGCACCGUUGUGCACAUGCUCCGAGGCCAGGCAGUAACAGUGAAUGGUGUGAGCAUAAACCUCCCCAAGGUCUACACAGGCCCUGGCCUCAGCCUGCACCGUGCUGGCCUCUUCCUGCUGCUGAUGACACGCUUGGGUCUCACCCUGCUCUGGGAUGGAGGCACCCGGGUCCUGGUGCAACUGUCCCCCCACUUCCAUGGUCGUGUGGCUGGGCUGUGUGGAAACUUUGAUGGUGAUGCCAGUAAUGACCUGCGGAGUCGCCAAGGAGUCCGGGAGCCCACAGCAGAGCUGACUGCCCAUUCCUGGCGCCUCAAUCCCUUGUGCCCUGAGCCAGGAGACCUGCCACAUCCUUGUACAGUGAAUGCCCAUCGGGCAAACUGGGCCCGGGCACGCUGUGAGGUGAUACUGCAGCCAAUCUUUGCCCCAUGCCACACAGAGGUGCCCCCGCAGCAGCACUAUGAGUGGUGUGUGUACGAUGCUUGUGGCUGUGACACAGGGGGCGACUGUGAGUGUCUCUGCUCAGCCAUUGCCACAUAUGCUGAUGAGUGUGCCCGGCACAGACACCAUGUGCGUUGGCGCAGCCAGGAACUCUGCCCCCUACAGUGUGAAGGAGGCCAGGUGUACGAACCCUGUGGCUCUACAUGUCCGCCCACUUGCCAUGACCAUCAUCCUGAGCUCAGGUGGCCCUGCCAGGCCAUCACUUGUGUGGAGGGCUGCUUCUGCCCUGAGGGGACACUGCUGCAUGGGGGAGCCUGUGUGGAGCUGGCUGCCUGUCCCUGUGAGUGGCAGGGCAGUUUCUUCCCACCAGGGACGGUGCUACAAAAGGACUGUGGAAACUGCACGUGUCAGGAAAGCCAGUGGCAUUGUGACCGUGGUGGCGCCCCAUGUGAGGAGGUGGAACCUGGCUGUGCAGAAGGAGAGGUGCUGUGCAGAGAGAAUGGGCACUGCGUGCCACUCGAAUGGCUUUGUGACAACCAGGAUGACUGUGGUGAUGGCUCAGAUGAGGAGGGGUGUGCCACUUCAGUCUGUGGGGAGGGACAGCUGUCUUGCCGGUCUGGCCACUGCCUGCCCCUGUCCCUGGUCUGUGAUGGGCAGGAUGACUGUGGAGAUGGCACAGAUGAGCAAGGGUGCCUGUGUCCCCAUGGCUCUUUGGCCUGUGCUGAUGGCCGCUGCCUGCCACCCGCCCUGCUGUGCGAUGGUCAUCCUGACUGUCUAGAUGCUGCUGAUGAAGAGUCCUGUCUGGGACCGGUGAGCUGCAUCUCUGGAGAGGUGACUUGUGUUGAUGGCACUUGCGUUAGGACCAUCCAGCUGUGUGAUGGAGUAUGGGACUGCCCAGAUGGAGCUGAUGAGGGGUCUAGCCACUGCCCGCUGCCUUCUCUGCCAACACCCCCUGCAGGCAUUGGGCAGAACCCUUCCACCAGCUCCCUGGAUGCAACACCGAGUCCUAUGGGUAGUCCCAGCCCUGCAUCCCCCUGCAGCCCCUUUGAGUUCCAGUGUAACAGUGGAGAAUGCACCCCUCGGGGCUGGCGCUGUGACCAGGAGGAAGACUGCACAGACGGCAGUGACGAGCUUGAUUGUGGUUCCACCCAGUUGCCCUCGUGCCAAGGCCUCUUCUCCUGUGGUUUGGCUCCCUGGCUGUGCCUGCGUCCCAAGCAGCUCUGUGAUGGGAUCCUUGACUGUCCCCAGGGCGAGGAUGAGCUGGACUGUGAGGAGCAAUCAGCCUCAGGCGGCCCCAGCAGGACAGGGGUUCCCUGUCCAGAAUUCUCCUGCCCAGAUGGCACUUGCGUUGAUUUCCUGCUGGUUUGUGACGGGAACCCAGACUGUGAAUUGGCAGAUGAAGCAGAGCCCUCCUUGGACGAGCAGGGUUGUGGGACCUGGGGCUCCUGGGGUUCAUGGGAGCCCUGCAGUCAGACCUGUGGGCCUGGCGUACAGAGUCGGAACCGAAACUGCUCCGUGUCCAGUCUCCAGGUGCUGCAGAACUGCCCGGGCCUGCAGCACCAGUCGCAGGCCUGCUUCACAGAAGCCUGCCCAGUGGAUGGUGAAUGGGGCCCCUGGUCUCCCUGGUCUCCAUGUUCUGAACCCUGUGGGGGCACCAAGACACGGCAUCGGCAAUGCCGGCCACCCCAGAAUGGGGGCCAGGACUGUGCCCUGCUGCCUGGAAGCACUCGUAGCACCCACCAGACCAACCCCUGCCCUCAGGAGGGCUGCCUCAAUGCCACUUGCUUUGGGGAGCUGGUAUUCUGGCCUUGUGCCCCCUGCCCUCUGACUUGUGAUGACAUUUCUGGUCAGGCCGUGUGCUCUCCUGACAGGCCCUGCAGCAGCCCAGGUUGCUGGUGCCCAGAAGGGAAGGUUCUGGGCACUGAGGGGCAGUGCGUGAGGCCCGGGCAGUGUCCCUGCUUGGUGGAUGGUGCCCGUUACUGGCCUGGACAACGCAUCAAGAUGGGUUGCCAGCUCUGCUUCUGCCAGGGCGGGCAGCCACGUCGCUGCCGGCCCAAUCCGGAAUGUGCCGUGGAUUGUGGCUGGUCUUCCUGGUCCCCUUGGGCAGAGUGCCUGGGCCCCUGCAGCAGCCAGAGCCUCCAGUGGUCUUUCCGGAGCCCUAACAACCCACGCCUCUCUGGGCACGGUCGCCAGUGCCGUGGCAUCCAUCGUAAAGCCCGCAGGUGCCAGACAGAGCCUUGUGCGGGCUGUGAACAGUGGGGUCUCAUGUACCAUGUUGGGGAACGCUGGCGUGGGGGCCCCUGCACGGUGUGUGAGUGUCUGCACAGGAGUAUCACACACUGUUCCCACUAUUGCCCAAUAAGCAGCUGUCCCCAGGGCCGGGUCCUGGUGGAGGGACUGGGAGAAUCGUGCUGCCACUGUGCACUGCCUGAAAAGAACCAGACAGCGAUCCCCAUGACCACCCCUGCCCCUGCCCCUGCCCCUGUCCCUGCCCCCAGCCCUCAGAUUGGAGCCUCUCUGGUCACCUAUGUUCUGCCUCCCAUGGCCGAUGCCUGCUAUUCUCCCCUGGGCCUGGCCAGGCUGCCCUUGUGGGCACCAUCCCAGCACCUGGAACAUACCAUCGGGGCUGCUCCCACAGAAGCCCCCACGGCAGGGCCUGGCCUCAGAGAGGAUGCUUAUGCUGAGUGGCACACCCAGCCACCCUAUCUGCAGCUGGACCUGCUUUGGCCUCGGAACCUAACCGGCCUCAUCGUGCAGAGGGCUGGCUCCUCUGCUGCUUAUGUCUCCAGCUUGUCACUCCAGUUCAGCAGUGACGGUCUACAGUGGCACAACUAUCUCAACUCAACCCUGCCUCCACCCAAGCCUUCCCCGGAGAGCUCGAACCACAUGGCCCCCGAGGUAUGGACAUUCGACCAGAUGGUACAGGCAAGGUACAUCAGGGUGUGGCCACAUGGUGGCCACCUCAGAGACAACAACCAGCGCGAUAUCUUCCUGUGGGUGGAGCUGCUGGGCUGUAAGCCAGGAACAGUGUCCCCACUGGCACCCCUAUGUCCAGGGACCGGGCACCGCUGUGCCAGUGGUGAAUGUACCCCAAAGGGUGGGCCAUGUGACGGUGCUGUGGACUGUGAGGAUGGCUCUGAUGAAGAGGGCUGUGGGCCCGUUCAUGCAAGCACUACCAGCAGAGUCCAUCCCACGGCCAGGACCCCAGCCCUCUCCUCCGUUCAGCCUGGAAAGUUUCCGUUCCGUCCCAGGGAGGGUCUGCCGGAUGUGGAGCACCAGCAGCCCAAGCAGGAGUCAUCCUUGCCUAGUGCAGGGGAGACAGCAGGUCUCAUCCGUGCUUCUGAGGGUCCUCUGCCUGUUUCAGGGCAGUCCAUGCAGACACUGCCCACCACCUCCACUUUCCCUCCCGGUGCCAAGAGCCUACAGCCAGGAAUGGCGGCUGUGAUGGUGCAGCCCCCACACUCAGCCACACCAGGAACUCCUGUUGGCCAAAGCAUCAGCCCCAGGCCCUUCCCACGUGUGCAAUGUGGCCCUGGGCAGGUGCCCUGUGCUGUGUUGGGCUGUGUGGAGCAGGAGCAGCUGUGUGACGGGAGGGAGGACUGUCUUGAUGGCUCCGAUGAGCAGCACUGUGCAAGUACUGAGCCCUUCACUGUGCCUACUACUGCCCUCCCUGGGUUGCCAGCCUCGAGGGCCCUCUGCUCCCCAGGUCAGCUGAGAUGUGGCAGUGGGGAGUGUCUACCCCUCGAGCAGCGCUGUGACCUUCAGGUGAACUGCCAGGAUGGCUCUGAUGAAGACAGCUGUGUAGACUGUGUGCUGGCACCUUGGUCUGGCUGGAGUGAUUGCAGUCGCAGCUGUGGCCUGGGCCUCGUCUUCCAGCACCGAGAGCUGCUGAGACCUCCCCUGCCUGGAGGCAGCUGUCUGCUGGGCCAGUUCCGUAGCCAGUCCUGCUUUGUGCAAGCCUGCCCAGUGACUGGGGCAUGGGCAGUGUGGGGUCCCUGGGAGCCCUGCAGUGUCUCCUGCGGAGGUGGCCACCAGAGUCGUCAGAGGAGCUGCGUGGACCCUCCACCCAAGAAUGGUGGUGCCCCGUGCCCUGGGCCUUCCCAUGAGAUGGCACCCUGCAACUUGCAGCUGUGCCCAGGUGACACAGACUGUGAGCCAGGCCACGUGCAUGUGAAUGCUGAGCUGUGCCAGAAGGGACUCGUGCCCCCAUGUCCACCCUCCUGCCUGGACCCUGAGGCCAACAGAAGCUGCAGUGGGCACUGUAUGGAAGGAUGCCGCUGCCCUCCUGGGCUCUUCCUCCAGGACGGUCACUGCCUACCUCUCUCUGAAUGCCCCUGCCUGGUGGGCCAGAAGCUGAUGCAGCCCAGGCUGCCCUUCCUGCUGGACAACUGCAGCCAAUGCAUAUGUGAGAACGGGAUACUGCUGUGUGAGCCAGGGGUCUGCUCCCAGGCCUGCGGCUGGUCUGCCUGGUCCUCCUGGACUGCUUGUGAUCGCUCCUGCGGCUUCGGAGUGAGGGCCAGGUUCAGGUCGCCCACCAACCCUCCCGCGGCAUUUGGAGGUUCCCCGUGUGAAGGGGACAGGCAGGAACUGCAGGCCUGCUACACAGACUGUGGCACAGAGAUGCCGGGUUGGACACCCUGGACAUCCUGGUCCUCCUGCUCCCAGAGCUGCCUUGUCCCUGGGGGAGACCCUGGCUGGCGGCAGCGUUCCCGGCUGUGCCCCAGCUCCAGGGAUACAUUCUGUCCUGGAGAGGCCACCCAAGAAGAACCCUGCAGCCCUGCUGUGUGCCCAGUGCCGAGCACCUGGGCUUUGUGGGCUUCCUGGUCUACCUGCUCAGCCUCCUGCAAUGGCGGCAUCCAGACUCGUGGGCGCAGCUGUGCCAGUUCUGCUCCUGGGAACUCCGUGUGCCUCGGACCCCACACUCAGACCAGAGACUGCAACAUGCAUCGGUGCACAGCCCAGUGCCCAGGGAACAUGGUCUUCCGUUCAGCAGAGCAGUGUCACGAGGAAGGGGGUCCGUGCCCUCAGCUGUGCCUGGCGCAGGACCCUGGGGUGGAGUGCACUGGCUCCUGUGCUCCUAGCUGCAGCUGUCCCCCUGGCCUCUUCCUGCAUAAUGCUAGCUGUCUGCCCCUCAGCCAGUGCCCCUGCCAGCUGCACGGGCAGCUCUAUGCACCAGGAGCAGUGGCUCACCUAGACUGCAACAACUGCACCUGCAUCUCUGGAGAAAUGGUGUGCACCUCAGAGCGCUGUCCAGUGGCCUGUGGCUGGAGCCCCUGGACUCCAUGGAGCCCUUGCAGCCAAAGCUGUAACGUGGGCAUCCGACGGCGCUUCAGAGCAGGCACUGCACCGCCAGCUGCCUUUGGGGGUGCCGAGUGCCAAGGUCCCAACCUAGACGCUGAAUUCUGCAGUUUGAGGCCAUGCCAAGGUCCUGGUGCAGCAUGGGGUUCCUGGAGUCCAUGCUCAGUGCCCUGUGGUGGUGGCUAUCGAAACCGCACUCAAGGCAGUGGCCUGCACAGCCCUAUCGAGUUCUCUACCUGCAGCCUGCAGCCCUGUGUAGGUCCAGUGCCAGGUGUGUGUCCCGAGGACCAGCAAUGGCUGGACUGUGCCCAGGGUCCAGCCUCCUGUGCCCAUCUCAGCAUCCCUAGAGAAGCUAACCAGACCUGCCACCCUGGCUGCUACUGCCUCUCUGGAAUGCUCCUGCUAAACAGUGUGUGUGUGCCUGCCCAGGACUGCCCCUGCGCCCACAGGGGGCGCCUUUAUUCCCCAGGCAGUGCUGUGACUCUUCCGUGUGAGAAUUGCUCCUGUGUCUCCGGGCUCAUCACCAACUGCAGCUCCUGGCCUUGUGAGGAAGGCCAGCCUGCAUGGUCAGCCUGGACUCCAUGGAGUGUGUGUUCAGCCUCUUGUAGCCCUGCCCGACGCCACCGGCACCGCUUCUGUGCCAGGCCCCCCACGAGGGCACCCUUCACCCUCACCACAGUGGCUGCCCCUGCAACCGUCUGCCCGGGCCCUGAGGCUGAGGAAGAGUCGUGCCUCCUGCCAGGAUGUGAUCAAGCAGGGGCCUGGAGUCCUUGGAGCCCCUGGUCUGGCUGUAGUCGGAGCUGUGGAGGAGGCCUGCGGAGCCGGACCCGAGCCUGUGACCAGCCACCACCCCAGGGCUUGGGGGAUUUCUGUGAGGGUCCUCAGGCUCAGGGGGAGGCCUGCCAGGCUCAACCCUGCCCAGUGACCAACUGCAGUGCCAUUGAAGGGGCAGAGUACAGCCCCUGUGGCCCUCCUUGUCCCCGCUCCUGCGAUGACCUGGUGCACUGUGUGUGGCACUGCCAGCCAGGCUGCUACUGUCCCCUGGGCCAGGUACUGAGUGCCGAUGGGGCCAUCUGCGUGCAGCCCAGUCACUGUAGCUGCCUGGACCUGCUGACCGGGAAGCGCCACCGUCCGGGCACUCAGCUGAUGAGGCCCGAUGGCUGUAACCACUGCACCUGCAUGGAGGGGAGGCUUAACUGCACGGACCUGCCCUGCCAAGUGUCUGGAGACUGGUGUCCGUGGUCGGAGUGGACAGCGUGCUCCCAGCCCUGCAGGGGCCAAACGAGGACCCGCUCCAGGGCCUGUGUCUGCCCUGCUCCCCAGCAUGGGGGUGCCCCAUGCCCUGAGGAUGCAGGGGAGACAGGAGUGCAGCAUCAAACGGAGGCCUGCCCUAACCCCACUGCAUGCCCAGUGGAUGGAGGCUGGAGCCCUUGGGGGCCAUGGUCUCCCUGUGACGCAUGCCUGGGGCAGUCCUAUCGGAGCCGGGUGUGCAGCCGUCCCCCCACCUCUGACGGAGGCGUGCCUUGUCUUGGGGGCCAUCAGCAGAGUCGCCCUUGUCAGAACAGCUCCACCCUGUGUACAGACUGUGGAGGGGGCCAGGAUCGCUUACCCUGUGGGCAGCCAUGUCCCCGUUCCUGCCAGGAUCUGUCCCUUGGCAGCACAUGCCAGCCGGGCUCUGCGGGCUGCCAGCCUGGCUGUGGGUGUCCCCCAGGCCAGCUCUCCCAGGAUGGGCUCUGUGUGUUCCCAGUUGACUGCCACUGCCACUUCCAGCCUAGAGCCAUGGGGGUCCCUGAGAACCGGAGCCGGUCAGUAGGGUCCACACUCAGCUCCUGGGAGAGUCUAGAACCUGGAGAGGUAGUGACCGGGCCCUGUGACAACUGCACCUGUGUGGCAGGUGUCCUGCAAUGCCAUGAGGUGCCCAGCUGCCCUGGUCCUGGGAUGUGGAGCUCCUGGGGGCCCUGGGAGAAAUGCAGUGUUUCCUGUGGGGGAGGGGAGCAGCUACGGUCCAGGCAGUGUGCCCGACCCCCCUGCCCUGGACUGGCUCAGCAGAGCCGAACCUGUCACGUCCAUGUCUGCAGAGAGAUAGGCUGCCCAGUGGGCCGACUGUACCGGGAAUGCCAGCCCGGCGAGGGGUGCCCCUUCUCCUGUGCUCAUGUCACCGGACAGGUGGCCUGCUUCUCUGAGAGCUGUGAGGAGGGGUGUCGCUGCCCAGAGGGCACCUUUCAGCAUCACUUGGCCUGUGUCCAGGAGUGCCCCUGUGUGUUGACAGUCUCGCUGCAGCAGGAGCUGGGGUUGGCUAGCACUGCCCUCAGAUCCUAUCCAACCCUUCUGGGAGAUGAGGGUCAGCCCCUUGGGCCUGGAGAUGAGCUGCUCCCAGGCCAGAUGCUUCAGACAGUCUGUGGAAACUGCUCCUGUGUUCAUGGGAAGCUGUCUUGCUCUAUGGAGGAAUGCUCCAGAGUCCAUGGCAACUUUGGUCCCUGGGGCAUGUGGAGCCCUUGUUCCCACUCCUGUGGUAGGCUGGGUACCCGCACCCGGGCCCGCCAAUGUGUGCUUCCCACACUUGUGCCUGGUGGACUGGGCUGCGAUGGGCCCCUUCAGGACCUGGAAUACUGCCUCAGCCCGGAAUGCCCUGGGACUGCAGGGUCCACAGUGGAGCCGGUGACAGGCCUUGCAGGUGGCUGGGGCCUGUGGUCUCCGUGGUCUCCCUGCUCCCACAGUUGCACAGACCCUGCUCACCCAGCACGGCGCAGCCGCACACGCCUCUGUUUGGCUAACUGUACCGUUGGGGACUCCUCCCAGGAGCGUCCCUGCAAUCUUCCCUCGUGUACAGUGCUGCCCCCGUGCCCUGGCCCUGGCUGUGGGUCAGGGAACUGUUUCUGGACUCCCUGGGCCCCAUGGGAGCCUUGCUCCCGCAGCUGUGGGGUGGGCCAGCAGCGUCGCCUACGAGCAUAUCACCCGCCUGGGCCUGGUGGACACUGGUGCCCUGACAUCCUGACUGCGUACCAGGAGCGUCGCUUCUGUAACCUUCGUGCUUGUCCAGUGCCUGGGGGCUGGUCCCACUGGAGCCCCUGGUCCUUGUGUGACCGCAGCUGUGGAGGAGGUCGAUCUUUAAGGAGCAGAAGCUGCUCGAGCCCACCACCCAAGAAUGGGGGAGCAUCCUGUGUUGGGGAGAGGCACCAUGUCCGGUCCUGCAAUCCCAUGCCCUGUGAGGAAGACUGCCCAGCGGGCAUGGAGAUGGUGAGCUGUGCCAACCACUGCCCCUACAGCUGCUCAGACCUGCAGGAGGGAGGCGUGUGUGAGGAGGACCAGGCCUGCCAGUUGGGCUGUCGCUGCUCUGAAGGGUUUCUGGAGCAGGAUGGAGGCUGUGUGCCAGUUGCGCACUGUGAAUGCAUAGAUGCCCAGGGCCGCAGCUGGGCCCCAGGGAGCCAGCAUCAGGAUGCCUGCAACAACUGUUCCUGUCAGGCUGGGCAACUCUCCUGCACUGCUCAGCCCUGCCCACCUCCUGCCCACUGUGCCUGGAGCCCCUGGUCUGCCUGGAGUUCCUGCAGUCACUCCUGUGGACCUCAAGGGCAACAGAGUCGCUUUAGGUCCUCCACGUCAGGCUCGUGGGCCCUGGAGUGUCAGAAGGAGCAGUCACAGAGCCAGCUUUGCCCUGAGGCCCCCUGCCCACCUCUGUGCCUACAUGAAGCCCACCUUCGUGUUCUGGGGGACAGCUGGCUGCAGGGAGAAUGCCAGCAGUGCUCCUGCACCCCAGAGGGAGUGAUCUGCAAAGACAUUGACUGUGCAGUGCCCGGAGGCUGGACGUUGUGGUCCUCCUGGUCCUCCUGCUCUGUCUCCUGUGGAGGAGGAAGCCAGGUCCGCACUCGAUCCUGCACAGUGUCAGCCCCUCAGCAUGGGAACCUAUCUUGCCAGGGCCCGGACACCCAGACCCAGCACUGUGGGCAGCAGCUGUGCUUGCAGCUGCUAGAGAUCUGUUCCUGGGGACCGUGGGGACCCUGUUCCCGCAGCUGUGGCACAGGUCUGUCCUCCCGCUCUGGAUCCUGCCCCUGUCUACUGACCACAGAGGACUCUGAAUGUAAUGACACAUUCUCAGGCCUGGACACACAGGCCUGCUACCCAGGGCCUUGCCAGGAGGACUGCAUGUGGAGUGACUGGAGCAGCUGGACACGCUGCUCCUGUAAGGUCCUGGUGCAGCAGCGCUACCGACACCAGGUGCCAGCACCUGGCCAGGCUGGAGGGGACACCCCUUGCACCCGUCUGGAUGGCCACUUCCGACCGUGCGCCAUUGGCAACUGCUCAGAGGACAGCUGCCCACCUCCCUUUGAGUUCCAGUCUUGCGGCUCCCCCUGUGCUGGGCUCUGUGCCACACAUCUGAGCCAUCGGCUCUGCCAGGACCUGCCACCUUGCCAGCCGGGCUGCUACUGCCCCAAGGGCCUGCUGGAGCAGGCUGGAGGCUGUAUUCUCCCAGAGCAGUGUAACUGCUGGCAUACCUCAGAAGAGGGAGCGAGGGUGACCCUGGCCCCUGGGGACCGUCUGCAGCUGGGCUGUAAGGAAUGCGUAUGCCAGCAUGGAGAGCUGCAGUGUUCCAGCCAAGGGUGUGGAGGUCUUCUGCCUCUGACUGGAUGGUCAGAGUGGUCACCCUGUGGGCCCUGCCUGCCCCAAAGUGCCCUAGCCCCUGCCUCCAGGACUGCCUUGGAGGGGUACUGGCCUCUGAACACAUCAGGCCUCCCUCCACCCUCAGUCACUCUGCUGGCUUCGGAGCAGUACCGGCACCGCCUCUGCUUGGACCCUGAGACCGGGAGGCCCUGGGCAGGAGAUCCUUCCCUUUGCACUAUGCCUCUCAGCCAGCAGCGCCUCUGCCCUGACCCUGGAGCCUGCAAUGACACAUGCAAGUGGGGACCUUGGGGACCUUGGAGCCCCUGCCAAGUGCCCUGUAGUGGAGGAUUCAAGCUGCGCUGGAGAGAGGCAAGAGACACCUCUGUGGGAGGAUGCCGUGGACCGUGGGCUCAAACAGAAAGCUGCAAUAUGGGAUCUUGCCCAGGAGAGAGCUGUGAGACCAGGGACACUGUGUUUACCCUCGACUGUGCCAACCGGUGCCCUCGCAGCUGUGCUGACCUCUGGGAUGGUGUUCAGUGUCUACAGGGCCCCUGCAGCCCAGGCUGCCGAUGUCCCCCUGGUCAGCUGGUGCAGGAUGGACACUGUGUGCCCAUCUCCUCUUGCCGCUGUGGCCUGCCCAGUGCCAAUGCCUCAUGGGAGCUGGCCCCCACACAGGUGGUCCAGCUGGAUUGCCAUAAUUGCACAUGCAUCAAUGGGACCCUGAUGUGUCCACACCUUGAGUGUCCAGCCCUGGGACCUUGGUCAGCCUGGAGCGAGUGCUCAGCUGUCUGUGGUGGGGGCACCAUGGUGCGCCGCAGGAGCUGUGAGGAGCAUCCUGAGGGUGUGCCAUGCCAGGCCCUGGAUCUGCAGCAACAGCAAGAGUGUAACCUGCGAGCCUGCCCUGAGUGCCCACCUGGGCAGGUGCCCAGCACCUGUGCCACGCUGUGCCCGAGCUUCUGCUCCCACUUGCAGCCUGGCACCAUCUGUGUGCGGGAACCCUGCCAGCUUGGCUGUGGCUGCCCUGGGGGACAGCUGCUACACAAUGGCACCUGUGUUCCCUCUGAGGCCUGUCCCUGUACCCAGUUUUCCCUACCCUGGGGCCUCACACUACCCUUGGAAGAGCAGGCUCGGGAGCUGCCCUCAGGAACUGCGCUCACCCGGAACUGCACACACUGCACCUGUCACGGUGGAGCCUUCAUCUGCUCCCUUACGGACUGUCAGGAGUGCCCUCUUGGGGAGAUAUGGCAGCAUGGGGAGCUGAGGCCCUGUGAGAAGACAUGCCCAGAAAUGAACAAGACACAGGCUAGGAGCAACUGCACUGAGGCCCGGGUCCCAGGCUGUGUGUGUCAGCUGGGGCGCUUCCGCAGCCAGACAGGCCUCUGUGUCCCCGAAGACCACUGCGAAUGCUGGCACCACGGCAGUCCCCAUUUGCCUGGAUCUGAGUGGCGGGAGGCCUGUGAGAGCUGCCGCUGCCUCCAGGGGAAGAGCAUCUGUACUCGACGCUGCCCAGAACUCAGCUGCGCUCAGGGUGAAGUGAUCUUGCAGAAGCCAGGGAGCUGUUGUCCCACUUGUCAGCAGGACACUCUGGAUAUGGAGGAGGAGGAGCCAGUCUCCUGCAGGUACCUCACAGAACUCAGAAACCUCACCAAGGGUCCCUGCCGCCUGGAUCAGGUAGAAGUGAGCUACUGCAGUGGGCACUGCAGGUCCAGCACCAAUGUCAUGACUGAGGAACCCUACCUGCAGAGCCAGUGCGACUGCUGUAGCUACAGGCUGGAUCUGGACAGCCCCGUGCGGAUCCUGAGCCUCCUUUGCCCUGAUGGCCACACAGAGCCAGUGGUGUUGCCAGUGAUUCACAGCUGCCAGUGCACUGCCUGUCAGGGUGGUGAUUUCUCAAAGCACUGACAGGCUCCGCUGGACGCAGCCACUGCUGUCUCCCUUGGGUCCAUAGGGCUCUGUGGCGUUCCCCACUUCCUUCAGGGUCCAGUUAACCACCUCUGGCUUUUGAACCAUGCUCGGCAUUUGCACAUUCCAAAUAAAGUAACCCCGGCAACUAGU